CUUUCUAAAGAAAAAAAAAUAUGGUUAUGAAAUGUGUCAGAAAACUUAUGUUGGUGAUCACAAAAUUGUAUAUCCUUAUUCUCUUUAGUGUGCAAGCCAAUAACAUUGCCCCAACCUCAUUCACUCUUUCUUCACCUCCCAUAUUGCCUCCUUAUUCCUCUGAACUUGAUUUUGGAGAAUUGCAUUUGUGCCUUGCACAUGUAGUUGGUCAGUGUGCUAGAAUUAAAAGCACGUGGCCAUUUCCUGACAAACGAUAUGAAUUUUGUAUAGAUAAAUCUUUUGCAGUGUGCUUCACUGAAACCCGAGUUUUUGACCCAUUUAAUUUUCAUAUCCUUGGAAAUUGCCUCAAAGUCAAUUGCGAGCCAAAAGUGAGAAUUAAUGUCGAACAUCGUGGAAGUGCCCGUUAUGUUAGUUGUUUAUUGGAUUGCUUUUAUCAGCAUGUCACCAACCCCAAUUAUGUCAUUUAUAGGCAGAAUCGUUGAGUUUCAACUUUGAUGAGCCAAUUCAGGUAGUCCACACAUAAAGAAAAGGUGAGGGCCCAUGUACCUGAUUCUUUGACCGAAUUGCAAUCAAUUUGAAUAGUUUCUGCAUAGAGAACAAGUGUGAGCUGUGAGGUUUACUUGUCCCAAACAGCCUAGGGCCCAAGACCCUCUAUAUGAGAGCUGCAAGGGAAUUGGCUGCAAGUCCCAUCCUUCAAUUUGUGAACCCUAGCUCUUGCUUCAAUCCCAAGCUUCUUAAUGUCUCAAAGAUUCAAUCUAGUUCUGGUUGGUCACCCGCCGGUGCAACAUGGUAUGGAAGCCCCACUGGUGCCGGGAGUGAUGGGGGUGCUUGUGGAUAUGGGAGUACAGUAGAGCAAGCCCCAUUCUCUUCAAUGAUAUCUGCCGGAGGCCCUUCUUUAUACGAGUCCGGCAAAGGAUGUGGAGCUUGUUACGAGGUGAAGUGCACAGGAAAUGCAGCAUGCUCAGGAAACCCGGUGAGGGUAGUUAUCACCGACGAGUGUCCGGGGUGCACUUCAGAGUCAAGUCAUUUUGAUUUGAGUGGGACUGCUUUUGGAGCCAUGGCAGUUUCUGGUCAGGCUGAUCAACUACGCAAUGCUGGAGUUCUGCAGAUUCAAUAUAGAAGAGUGGAGUGCAACUAUCCUGGUGUGUCAAUAGCCUUUCACGUCGAUGCUGGCUCCAAUCCCAACUACUUUGCUUCCCUAAUCGAAUACGAGGAUGGCGAUGGCAGCCUUGGUUCAGUCGACCUCAAACAGGCCCUUGACUCGGCCUCAUGGCUUCCCAUGCAGCAGUCCUGGGGUGCUGUUUGGAAGCUUGAUGCUGGCUCCACGUUGCAGGCUCCUUUCUCUAUCCGCCUAACCUCGCUUGACUCCGGCAGCACCGUCGACGCUAACAACGUGAUCCCUGCCGGCUGGCAACCCGGAAAAACUUAUCGAUCUGUUGUCAACUUUCAAACCUAAACACUAUAUGUUAGUGUUUGGUUCUUAGCAAAAAUAUAUGUAGUUUUACUGCUGAAGAUGAAUUGAAGUCCGCUGAGCUACUGCCUAUGGACUUUAAUUUGCUUUGUCUUCAUACAACUACUAUAUAUAUAUGAAUUAUUUAGAGUUACGUAUUGUGGAAAACAAA